CCAAGAAAAGGUGAGGAUUGUCCCAGUGGAUGCCCAGUUCGAGGAUCUUUUGUGUUCCGCAUACCUGCCCUUCUUUUAGCGUUUAAGUGGUAGUGCAGAGCGCUGUUCGACACCGACCGAUCGCGACAAGAGAGACGACUCGAAAGACCCAGGAGCAAGCGAGCAGACGACCAUGGCCUAUACCAACAGAGAGCGGACUAUCCUUGGUCCUCUCACGACCGUCUUCACGCCGCCAGCGCCAUGUACCAUCGCCAUUGGAUUGUGCGAAACAUGUGAUGUCGCCUGGUGGGGCCAAACAUGCGCGGAGACGACGGUAGAGGACAACACGGAGUGUUGGCCAACAACCACGGAAGGGGCGCCCGAGCCGACCAAGCUGCCGUUGUUCGGGAGGGGUUUCUACUCCCCAGGGUUGGAAUGCCCGGCAGGUUAUACGUCGGCAUGCUCGGCGGUCGAGGGCGUGACAUCUCAGUGGAAGGUGCAGUUCCAGAUGGAACCCGAAGAGACGUUUGUGGGCUGCUGCCCGGAGGGCUUCAGGUGUGACAACCUGAAUGGCCAGACGUGCCUCAUGCGGGCCACUUCCGCCACCCUACCGACCGUCUCCUGCGAGGACGGGGCCAGCAACAACUUCGGCUUCACCACUAUCCCCAACGCAAGGGUCCCCGCCAUGAACCUGUACGCGCCCAUGAUCCAGCUCGCGUGGAAGGCGUCCGACCGGCCGGAAACAUCCACCACCAGCACCGGCACCACCUCCGGCCCGACAACCUCCGCCCCCAGCUCAACAGCCACAAACGACACCAACCCACCCGCCACCGACGAGCCCGCCCUCUCGACAGCCGCGAUAGUAGGCAUCGCCGUCGGCGCGGCAGCGCUCCUCGUGCUCAUCCUCACGGCCGCGAUCUUUGUCUGCCGGCGGCGGCGGCGCCAAGCAGGAGGCGGAAGUCCGUCUGACGCGCACGCGCUACCGUACGCGGCACUGCGGACGGGGUCGCCGGGCGCGGAGGAGUAUUCGAAACACUACUACACGGGCGGCGUCGUGGAAAUAGGGCAGGGUCCACAGCGGGUGGAGAUGGGACAGGGCCGCGAGUGGGUAGAGAUGGGACCGGGCCGCGAGUGGGUGGAGGCGCCGGCGGGAGAGGCCUCGCCGGCCGAGGCCCCCACCGAGGGGCACACUCGGGUCGAGAUGUUUGCGGAGAACGCGCGGGUUCAGCAGCAGCCGCAGCAGCAGCCUCCGAUGCCUGGUCCGGGGAAUGUGCCGCCUCCGCCGGGGUACUUUCAGGGGCAGCCGGCCGUUGAGAUGCCGGUGAGGAGGUAUGAUUAGUGAGGGCUUUUUUGAAACUGGUGGGGAGGCUUUUGUCGGCGCGUUUUUAGUACAUACCUAGCAUAGCUUGGAGUCGGGGGGUGUGAUGUGUUGCGGGUAGAGGAGUAAUGUGUAAAGGGGCUUCCCUCGGAGUUUACAUUCUGGCAUUUUUAGUACAUACUCAGUUCGUUUGAGCUCUGCUUUC